AUGCGUAAAAAGCAAAAGCUCCUACCGGGGCUGUCUGAUUUCACGGUACUGGUGUUACUCGCCCGGCUCGCGCUGGUCGCUGCCCAAACGACCUGCAACAACGGGCAGGGGCGCGUGCUUUACGAGCGUCUGCCGAACCAGCAGCUGCAAGGCUUCGACGAUGACGUCGUGCGAGAUUCGGCGCCACCGUUUCGGGUGCUGGAAAAGUGUCAGGACCUUUGCCUGCGUGACCGGACUGCCUCCACCAACCUUGGGCGGGCUUGUACCAGCUUCGACUUUCAGCCGGGCAGCAGGAUUGCGUCGUUCAGUGGCAGCGUGGAGUACGAGGAGUCGACGUGCUAUCUGACCCGGGAGCAGGCAGCACCGGAGGGCAUCGGCAAUCUGAUGUUAGUACCGAACAGUGUCCAUUUCACUGAAGUAUGCAUAACCUCUAGUCGCCCGGAUCGUGAAUGUCCUAGCCGACGGUACGUGUUCGAGCGUCACCCGAGGAAGAAGCUAAAGCUGCCCGUGUCCGACAUCAAGGAGGUGACCGCCGCCAACCGUUCCGACUGCGAGGACAAGUGUCUGAACGAGUUCUCGUUUGUAUGCCGCUCGGCGAACUACGACUCGUCGCUGCGGAGCUGCUCCAUGUCCCGUUUCACCCGACGCACGCAUCCCGAGCUGCUGGAGGAUGACCCGAACUCGGACUACCUCGAGAACACCUGCCUGAACGCGGAACGUCGCUGCGACGGACUGAUUGUGUACGUGAAGGAAGAAAACAAGCGCCUCGGAGGUCCGUUCGAGGUGGAGAUCUUCAACAACAUGACCCUCGAGGAGUGCCAGUCGCUGUGUCUGCGGGCGGAAAAGUACUUCUGUCGCUCGAUCGAGUUCGACGAUCAGACCAAGCAGUGCAUCCUAUCGGAGGAGGACUCUGUGUCACAGAAGGACGAUCUCAGUAUCAGCUCGAGCCCGACGCACCACUUCUACGAUCUCGUCUGCCUGGACAACCAGCGUGGGUCCGAAUAUCCGGACAACUCCGUGACGUCCCAUCUGUUCUCGAGUGGCCGCCGGCCCGAUACUGCCUUCCAGCGCUAUCGCAACUCGAGACUGGGCGGCGAGUUUCACUCGGAAAUCACUGGCAGAUCGCUCAGCGAGUGUCUCGACGAAUGCCUGCGGCAGACGAGCUUUCAGUGCCGCUCGGCCGUCUACAGCGAUCGGUUCCGCACCUGUCGUCUCAGCCGCUACAACCAGCGGGACGGAAUGCGCAUCAUCUACGAUGCCGAUUACGAUUACUAUGAGAAUUUGAUGCCGCACCUAGUUGGGGGAGAACCGGACACGACCAAUGGACGACCAGACCCGACAGACUGGCGCCCGCCCUACGGAGGCGGAGGAGAUCGCGAUCGUGACCGUGUUCCAGACGACAGGCUUCCCCCGGGACGCUAUCCACCGGGCGAUCGAUAUCCGAUGGGAUCACGGCCAGAUUAUGGAGGUGAUUCGUACCCCGGUGGCUAUCCUCCGACAGAUCGCUACCCGGGCUCCACCGACCGAUAUCCGCUCGGCCCCGGCACGGAUCGAUAUCCCACCGGAGGCGGUGACUACGAUGGGCGCUAUCCGCCAGUCUAUGACAACCGUUUCCCAGGCGACCGCUAUGGUCCGACAGAUCGCUACCCCGACCGCGACCCCGACCCGAUGUAUCCUCCGGGUCCGGGAGGUCCAAUGCGUUAUCCUCCUCCACUUCCACCGCCCGAUUCGCGCUAUCCUUCCGCACCAGACACACGCUAUCCGAUGGAUCGCUAUCCUCCUCCAAACUCUCGUUAUCCGCCCGGUCCCGAUUCACGUUAUCCUCCGGCUCCUCGCUACCCUCCCGAUUCUCGAUAUCCCUCAGACUCCCGUUAUCCUCAAACCCAACCAGACGCCGGCCGAUAUCCGCCGGACGCUGCUCCAGACGCGCGCUACCCUCCACCGGUGCAUUCCGGUUCUCGACCCGAUUCACGCUACCCGAUGAUGGCGCCACCGGCCACACACUAUCCACCGCCCCAUUACAUGCCACACAUGUACGGGUCGGGUAUGUACCCGGUGGUGCCUUCCAGGGCUCCCCCGAAUCGUGGAUACCCACCAGACCCUUACCCAGCACCGGUACGUCCGGUCGAUAGCAAUCGGUAUCCGGCACCCGAAACGCGAUAUCCGCUGGAACCGAUCGGCGCUCAGGGACGCUAUCCACCGCCAACGUCACCGAAUGUGAACCCGUUUUACAACUACAUGAAGGGCCGCCCGUCCGACUACAACUAUCACAUGGCAGGUUACGAGCCGCAGCGGGGUUACAUGGAUGACCGGUACGGAGGAUACUAUCCAAGCGCUGGCGGACGCAUUCCUCCUCCAAUGCCUGCAUUCCCCGAUCGCGACCGAGGCUACCGACGACCCGGUGUUGGAAUGGCACCGGACGGUGGCGGUUAUCCCUUCGAGAUACCCUACGGACCACCGUCCGGAACUGGGUACGAUAAUACGCUCGGUGGAGGUGAUGGAUUCGGUGGCUAUGGCCCGCAACGUCCGUAUGAGACGCGCUGCGACAAUGCGGACGUGUUCAAGCAGGUUGGCUCCAAGCGGAAGAUGCGAAAGCAGUACAUUCGACGGGUCAUCAGUGCACCGUCGCUCGGCAUUUGCCAGCAGGAGUGUGCCGGGGCGCGGGACUUCAUGUGCCGUAGCUUCAACUAUCACGAUGCGGCCCCGUACGAGACGGAGGGUAACUGCGAACUGAGCGAUCGGGAUUCGCGCGACCUCGAGGUACCGAGCGCCCAGAUGUUCGAGAAUGACAACGCGGACUACUACGAGCGCACGCCAGGACGCGGUGGUCCUCAAGACGAAUGUCUCGAUGUUGGGCAAGUUUGCAACGAAGAUGGGAUGGAAUUUACGCUACGUACACCGGAAGGAUUUGUCGGACGAAUCUACGCGUACGGGUUCUACGAUCGGUGCUUCUUCCGUGGCAACGGUGGAACCGUGAACGUGCUGAGAAUCAGUGGACCACAGGGUUACCCAGAAUGUGGCACACAAAGGUAUGGUGACACCAUGACGAACAUUAUAGUGGUCCAAUUCUCGGAUAACGUACAAACCGGGCGUGACAAACGUUUCAAUCUGACUUGCAUGUUUCGCGGACCCGGCGAGGCCGUGGUAACCUCCGGCUACAUUGGUGCUGGUGUUCAAACCAUUGACAGAUCCGGCAGUCCCAUCCCGAUCGAGUACCUACCGGCCGAGAAUUCGAUGAGCAACAAGGUUCGCCUGAUGAUCCUCUACCAGGGCCGACCGACGACGACGAUUGCCGUUGGUGAUCCACUAACGUUCCGGCUGGAGUCGCAGGACGGUUACAGCCACGCGACGGACAUCUUUGCGACCAAUGUCGUCGCCAGGGAUCCAUACUCGGGACGAAGCGUUCAGCUGAUCGAUAAUUAUGGCUGUCCGGUGGAUAGUUUGGUGUUCCCAGAACUUGGAAGAUCGCGAGAUAAUGACGCCUUAGAGGCACGCUUCAACGCGUUCAAGAUACCUGAAUCAAACUUCCUGGUGUUCGAAGCGACCGUCCGAACAUGCCGUGGCGGUUGUCAACCGGCUUACUGUCCAGGGCCAAGUGGACGCUCGGAGCCAUCGUUUGGACGGCGCAAGCGAUCGAUCGAAAAUGGAACCGAUUUCGCCGGCACUGCGGAACCACUGAUCGGCGUUAAGGACCUUGACGAAGACGACGAAGUGGUAUCGAUCGUUAACGCCACCAUGGUCAACGAGAACGCAACGAACGCGAAGGAAAAGGACCUGUCCUCCAGUAGCACGCCGGAAGUCGCCCCGGGAGGCGAAGCAACCAGCACGAGCGAAAUGCCCGAGCAAGUACGCGAAAUGAUUGAGUCCCGAUCCUAUCACCCCCUGCAGGUGUUCCAGUCGCGCGAAGAGAUGCAGCAGGACACGGUGGCACGGAAGAUGGUGGCACCGAUUGAGUCGGUCUGUCUGACGCACGCCGAGUACUACGGGCUGAUCAGUGCGCUCAUACUGCUGGUCAUUCUGCUGAUCAGCAUCACGUUUGCCGCCGGGAUCGGGUACCGCAGCUACUGGAAGGUGUUCAUGAAGAACCGCACGCUCGAUCGCAACUCCCCGGUUAACUCGUUCAGCCCGUCGGCUCUGCAUAAUGUUUCGGGAAGUCAGUUUGAGGCCUCUGGCAGGACGCACUCCACGGCGAGCCGUGGUCCACAAGUUCGCUCACCUGGAGUGUCUCUCUUCGGAAGUGGACUACAGAAAACGUUCGCCACAGGCAAUCUAUCUCGAAUGUGUCAGAUACCGGUGAUGAACCCACUGUCCAGGAACGGUGCUGCCAAGAGCGAGUUUGACGAUCCCAGUGAACCGAUCUACACCGAUCCAUCACUCUUCGAAAGGUCAAGAUCCCUGCGCAGCAUAGCCGUCGAUCAGUCGGAGGACGCCAACAACGUUUGA